ACGCCGUUAGGGACCGGAGGGAAACCAAUUGUUCAAAUGAAACUCGUUUUUACCGCAUUUUCUCGCCCUCUUUCCACAAAGCCAAACAGAGGCUAGGGCAUUGUGACAAGUUCUAGCCUUUUUUCCUUUACAUUUUUUCAGGAAUUCAACUCCAUCGAGUAUUUCAGACUAGUAUGGCGAAGGUUGCUACAGCUGGUCCUUUAUCUUCCAACUCUAUUCGUUUUGGUGGGGUUUCUGGGAAGGUGGAGGCAGGAGUUAAAAGGAAGACACCAUCGGAAUUGAGAGGAGAGCAGUUAAAGCGAAGGAAUGUUAUAGAGCUUGUAGAUGAAUCUCCAGCUCCUUUGCUUGGUUCUACAAGGAACACCAAUGAGCUCAAGAAACAAGAUGUUUUCAAAGUUCCAAGAUACAUUGACACCCGUAUGGAUGAAGUUUUUCCUGCCAGAAAGUCUAGGUUUAGGAUGCUUCCUGGAAAAGAAAAUGCUAAGGAAGAUAUUUCAACUGAGCCGGCUGGCUGCGUGAAGAAUAUGCGUGUUUCUUCAAAUUCAGUUGUCAAGAGUCAUCCACAACUUUCAUGUCCAGAGAAUACUGUGGCUUCAGCUGCAGUUUCCAAAGAUGGUACAAGGCAAGAUUGUGAAUAUGCUGAAAAGUGCAGUCAAAGCACAUUUCGUAGUGUGGCUGAAUUAUCACUUGGUAGUGAGAGGAUAUCUGAAAUAGUUUCUGUUGAUAUGGAUAGAGCAUUAAAAGGACUGGUUGCCCGUGAACCCCCUGCUUUUUCUGGUUUAGCUGCUGAUUCUUCUGAAAAGUUUGGCAAUCUUACUUCAAUCUCUUCUGGCAAUUUCUGCUCUGAAUUUCAUAUUCCUGGGCAAAAGGCCCCACUGGAUUUUACGUUAAAAACUAAUAUGCAGAUAGUGUCUUCUUCCUCUGUGAACUGGUUUCAUAGAUUGAACAUGUCUGCUACUUACAAUGGUACGACCCUAUUCACACCUCAAUUUGGUUGUUCCAAAGAUCAAAAUAUUAGCUGCUCCUCUGGGCUCACUUCCACUGCCCAAAUAUUCAAUUAUAGAGCUUUGCACUCCUGGGUACACCCUCAAUCUUCUCUACCACCAUCUGUCAUAUCAGCAUUGACCUUAUCUGCUGCAGAGGGAGAUUUCUUAAUCAAACGACAACUAGCAUGGGAGGACUCAUUUCGAAGUCUCUAUUACAUGCUUAGAAAGAAUAUCUGUAAUAUCUUCUAUGUUUGUACUUCACAGUUUGUGGUGGUGUUUGCUGGUGGUGACGGCUCAGGAGGAAAGAAACAGUCCUGUAAUGCUUAUAUCUCCCAGUCAACAAGAGGCUUAAGGUCAUUGCUGAGAGAGCAUGAUGUUUGUUUCUCUAUGCCUCUUUGCCAUUCUAAAGUAGAACAAGCCACCACUGAAGACCUGGUUGAGCUCUCAGAGAUUGAGAAAUGCAAUCUGGGCCAGACUCGACGUCUUGGUUCCAUAUCUGAUGUGGAUAACAGCCCACAGUCUUUGCUGUCUUUCAGUGGAAACAAGAAUGUGCAUGCUUUAUAUGACUUUAUGCUAAAUUAUAGAUCUUUCUUGACGUCCUUGACAAGUGUGGAUGUUCCUCUUCUGUAUUCACCUGUUCCAUUUCAGAAUGCUGCUCUUUCUGCUCCAGAGGUCAGUUGCAGGGAGUUGAAGAGAGCUGAUCAUGUUGCUUUUCCUCUUAAAGGAUCCAAAAUGAAAGACGAAGCAAUUGAAAGUGUUUCAGCUGGUCUCUCCUAUAGCAUUGAAAUCAAGGAUGCGUACAUUCCACCGUGGAUAAUAUCCAGUAUAUGUGCAACCAUGGGUUCUGAAGGGAGGAGCUUUGAGGCAAGUUUUACAACAGAGCCUACUUCAAUUGGCCUAAAUGCUGCUGUUGAAACUGUUGGCCAGAAAUCUGAUACCCAAGCAGCAACAGGUGAAGCCAUACAAGAAAGCACAUAUGCAUUUGGGGUUCCGGAGGCUGUUGUAACUUCUUACAUGCAUUCGGCCUUUUUAAAAGGCUUGAAAUAUGCCAAUGGUUCUUAUACGGCUCGUCUUUCUCCUGUAUAACAGUUCUGUUUUCAUUUGUCGAGUGUUUCAACUAUAUGUUGCUGGUCAAUUGCCUGUUCCCCCUCAUUAAUUAUUUUCUCUGUGCUUCUGGGUUGUAUUAUCUUAUCUGAUUAACUUUACUUGACCAACAAUUUUUUUUUAAAUUGUUGGAACAAAUUUAGUGGUGAGUCUAGUUAAAAUAAACAGAUACUUGAGUA